AUGUUCUAUUUGCUAAGCAGGCUAGCUGUAAUCCACAAUAUUAAUUUCUAUUUAGUUUUCACUAAAAAACAUUCAGCUAACUGUUCAUAUUUGCAAAAUUUAUUGCAGUAUUAAAUUAUAAAACAAACCACACCACACCGCACACACACACAAAGAGUAGAAAAUGGCGACGUUCCUCAACGUAAAUUCCGUAAAGCUGAACAAAUGGCAGGUGGCUUUGAUUCUUGGCACACCCGUCGCCAUCGGCCUGGGCAUGUAUAUGUUCAAUCGGCGGAGCAACUGUGCCAGCGAUGAGGCGACAAGUGGCAAGCAGACGAGUAAGUCGAACAAGGAUACAGGCAAUACACGCCAGAAGGGUAAAAUGGAGACGCAAACGUUGUCCAUUGAUGGCACCGCGCCCGAUUCCGAACUGGAGCGCAAGAAGAAGAACGCUGAACUCGGCGAACAGCUAUCGCCGCUGAAGGAGGCCAACAAUUACAAGACAGAGGGCAACAAUUGCUAUCGCAAUGGCAAAUACGAUGAGGCAAUCAGUUUUUAUGAUAAGGCAAUCGACAAGUGUCCAACGGAACAUCGUAUGGACAUGGCGAUAUUCUAUCAGAAUCGUGCUGCCUCCUAUGAGAUGCUGAAGAAGUGGAGCAAGGUCAAGGAGGACUGCUCCUUGUCGCUGGAGUAUAAUCCGCGCUAUGCGAAGGCCUAUUAUAGACGUGCCCGAGCCCAUGAGGCUACCAAGGACAUGAUUGAGUGUUUGGAUGAUGUGACGGCCACGUGUAUUCUGGAGAUGUUCCAGAACAACAACACCAUCAUGUUUGCCGACCGUGUGUUGAAGGAGACUGGUCGCAUCGAUGCCGAGAAGGGCCUGCGCGAUCGUGUGCCUGUUGUGCCCUCGGCGAGCUUCAUCAACACCUAUAUGCGAUCCUUUAUAGCCGAUCCGUUGCAGACAAUGGAAGUGCCGCCCUCAUUAGUGGCGGAUACGCCACCACGCGGCUUCCUGCGCGCCAAACGUGCCUUCGAAGAGCAGAAAUAUGAUGAAAUCAUUGCGGCAUGCACCGAGGAAAUUGAAUCCUCGGAGGCGGAAUCACAAUUCAAGGUGGAGGCGCUGCUAAUGCGUGGCACAUUCCAUUUACUGUGCGGCUCCUUUGCCGAGAGUAAGCCCGACUUUGAUGCCAUUCUGGCAAACGAGGAUGCGGAUGUGACGCUGCGCUCCUAUGCGUACAUCAAACGUGCAGCUCUCUUCAUCCAGACGCAGGAGCCCGACUGGGGAUUGGCCGACUUUGUCGAAGCCGAGAAAUUGACGCCCAACAAUCCUGAUGUGUAUCACCAGCGGGCACAGAUUCUGCUGCUGCUGGAACAGAUCGACAUGGCACUGCUGGAAUUCGAGAAGGCGGUGCGCCUGGCACCCAAUCAUGCGAUUGCCACCGUUCAGAAGUGCUAUGCUGAAUACCGUCUGGCCCUGAUGACCGGCGACCAGAAACGCCUGGAGCGUGUGAUAAAGGACUUUGAGGAUGCCAUCGAAAAGUUUCCCGAUUGCGUUGAGUGCUACAGUCUGAUGGCUCAGGUGCUGGCCGAUCAACAGCAGUUCGCACAGGCCCAGCAUUUCUAUGAGAUGGCCGUGAAGCGGGCGCCCACGAAUCCGGCGCUGCUCGUCCAUCAGUCCAUCAUGAUGCUGCAGUGGCGUGGCGAUAUCGAAGCAGCUGUGGCGCUCCUCAAUCGUGCCAUCGCAGUGGAUCCCAAAUGUGAGCUGGCCUACGAAACACUGGGCACUGUCGAGGUGCAACGGGCCCAGCUGCAGCGUGCCGUCGAUCUGUUUGAGAAGGCGCUGCUCUAUGCGAAGAGCAAGGCGGAGCUGGUGCAUGUCUACUCGUUGCGUAACGCGGCACUGGCUCAAAUCAAUGUGACCCGCAAGCUGGGCAUCGACAUGAAUUCCGUUUCAGCGAUGGCCCAGACCGGCCUACUCGGCCAGUAGAUGGACAGAUCAGCCAACACCGCCCAGCAUUUAGACGAUUCGCGCACGUUGUGCUAACUAAGUUAAAAAACAAACCCAAGCCCCAAAUCCAACACAUACCCAUCAUCCAUAUUAUGCACACGAUAAAAUCUUGUUUUAGUUAUUAUGCUCCUUAAGUUUAGCAUUGAAAUGAAACUUUGAUGUCUGUUAA